AUGGAACCGAUAGGAAGGCAGAUCAAUAUUGGGCGGAUGUUACUGAAGAAUACAAUAAAAACACAGAGAACCACCAAAGUCUACAGAAGUGGUGUGAGCGAUGAUCAAUUGAUGGAAAUUGCUGAGAAGAUGUAUGCUGGUGAACAUAAUGAUAAAGAUUUUACACUGAAGCACUUUUGGAAGGUUGUGCGGAAUGAAAGGAAGUGGUCUGCAUAUGUGAAAAAGGAACAGGAAAAAGAGAAGAACAAGAGUGCAGCUGAUUCACCGUCUGAAAUGGUGAAUUUGGAAGAUAAUCCUAAGAUUCGUCCUAUUGGACAUAAGAAGGCUAAGGCUGAGCUCUAUGGGAAAAAGAAGACACCUGAAGCUUUUUCUGCUAUUAGUGACAAGCUAGACAAGUUCAUUGAAGUAAGCACAUUGGCUAGAAAGGACCGUGAGAAGAUGGCGGAGACGCAGCAAAAUAUGGCAAAAAGUAAGGUAGAAGCUGCUAGGUUGAUUGAUAAGGUAGCAGAGAAGCAACUCAAGUGUAAAAUGCUAGACACUUACAUAGAGCUUCUGUUAGCACCGACAACUGAUAUGAAUGCUCAUGCUUUGGCUGAGAGGGAGAAAGCACUAGAGAGUAUGAGGUUUUCAAGUAUGAACUUGGUGUCCAGAAGCUUUUUCUUCUACUGGAGUUUUCUUGUAUUGGAGUUUUCCAUUACACUACUGGAGUAUGAACUUGAUGAGUUUCUAUGUGACACUACUGGGUUUCUAGGUAACUGGCACUUGAAAACUCGUACCUAUCCUUUCAAGUAUGAACUUGGUGAAAACUGA